AAUCAGGAAGUCAAGUUCAGUCCAUAGCUCAAAUCCGUCGCCUGCAACUGCUGCAAAGGUUAAACCCCUGCAUUCCUCUCAGUAUGCUCACUCGGCUUGUCAACAAUGCGGGAGACAACUGAAUCCAGGUUUUCCCUUCUCUCUGGGAAAAGUCCUGCCACCUUUCUGCUCUGAUGCUGGUAAUCUGGUGACUCCAUUUGGAAUGUCCUACUGGUCUGUGGGCCUUUCCCAGGAUACUGGAGACAUUCCCUGCAGUAUGGAGGAACAAAAUGGCCCGGGGGUGGAUAUGGGAGCCAAGGCAUCGUUGGUGGGGGCUUCGACGCUCACUCCAUCUCCCACUCUGGAGAACAUCCAGGCAGCGUAUGAAGAUGGAGAGUUGGACACCGCCAGUGAGCUGAUCCAGCAAGCCUGCUGUGUGGAGUGCAGCGCAGGGAGUCCCCGGAUCGACGGGGUGCGUCUCCUGUGUGUGGCCACCCAGCACGGCGAUCUGCAGAGUGUGUGCUACCUCCUAAAAGAUGCCCAUGUGACUGUACCCCAGGAGCCGUCGGACAACAACCCAGCCAUCCUUGCAGCUCACUAUGGCCAUGCCAGCUUGGUCAAAGAACUGCUGGACUCUGUACCUGGUCACUGCCUGAGGAAAGAUCUGUUGAACUGGAUGUUGGCGACAGCUUGCCAGCAAGGGCAUCUGGAAGUGGUUCGGCUGCUGGUUCACAGUUACGAUGCUGAUGCCAAGGACUGUGCCAUCCACAGUGAUGAGUUUGCCGUAAUUACCGGCCUGCCACUUUACGCGGCUGCACGAGCAGGCAAUGAGGAGAUAGCCUGGUUCCUACUGGAAAAUGGUGCAGGCUUCUCCUCAUACACCCUGAUGGACCACCCGGCCUUCAGCAAACAGCUGCUCAGACAGAAACUACAGGAGGCCUCCAAUACAGAAGGAGAGGAGGCUUUCAGUGUGUGUUGGAGCGGUCUGCUGCUACCGUGGCUAGAACUGGACUGGUUCAUGGAUGUUUCCUCUCGGAUCACUCACUUGGACCUGUCGUCCAACAGCCUGACUGCCCUGCCCUCCGUGGUGCCCUGGGGUCUCAUCCAGCUCCAGUCUCUGGAUCUGUCCAACAACCUACUGAGAGAGCUGCCGGCUGCCCCCAGCUCCCAGGAGGUCAUCUGCUCCAGUUUAUGCCAGGUAAAUCUGUCCCAGAAUCAGCUGACCUGCCUGCCAUCUGGGCUUCUCCAUCUGACGCGAGUCCAGAGAGUCUCUGCUGCCAAGAAUCAGCUAACAUCCCUGUUUGACAUCCCUCCUGCCACUAACUGGAUUGGACUGCGUAAACUGGAGGAGCUGGACGUGUCUGAUAACUGUUUGAGCAGUCUGCCAACGGCCGUGAUGCACUGUUUCAAAUCCCUGAGCUUCCUCAAUGUCUGCAGGAACAGACUCACCACUUUCCCCGACCCCUGGGCUUGUCCACUGAAACAAUGCAAGGCUUCUUCCAAUGAGAUUGAGAGUCUUCCCAACACCAUUAGCAUCUUCUGGAGGACACAGCUGCUGGAAGUGGACUUCUCUGAGAACAAGCUGAAGGAGCUGCCUUCGUAUAUAUUUGAGCUGGAGGCUCUGGUCUGCUUGAGACUGUGUGGGAAUCAGAUUGCGACUCUCCCAGCCCCAAAUAAGUGGAAAUGCUCCCAGCUCAGGACCCUUGACCUUUCCAAGAACCAGUUGGGGAAAAGUGAGGAGGUGACCAAAUCCAAGAGGCUGGCCUUCCUCACUACAUGGAACCGGAGAGACCCAGACCCAGUGUGUCCUAUUGAGUUUCCCAUGGUUCUUCGGGAUUCACUGGAAGUGCUUCUCUUGAACGACAACCAGCUGGAGUGCGUUCCCCAGUCGGUGUGUGGUCUGCUCAACCUCACCGAGCUCUAUCUGUCCAAUAAUCCUGGUAUCCGAGAGCUUCCACCAGAGCUCGGCCAGCUCUCCAACCUGUGGCAGCUGGACAUUGAAGACCUGAAUAUCACCAAUGUCCCUCCAGAGGUCAGGAAAGAAGGUCCUGCUUCUGUCAUGGCCUUCCUACGGGCUCAUCUUCGAAAGGCAGAGGCCUGCAAGCUGCUGAAAAUGCUUGUGAUUGGUCCACCGAGGCAGGGGAAGACAGCCCUCUUGGAGGCUUUGCAGACCGGCAAGACUUCCCCCUUCACCAUUACAGAGCACAGCAUCUCCACCUCUACCUGGGAACUGGACAAACCCAACGGAGGCAAAAACAACAGAGACACGGUGCAGUUCAACGUGUGGGACAUCGGCGGUCCAGCGAGCAUGUCGACAGUAAACCAGUGUUUCUUCACCGAUAAGGCCCUGUACGUGGUGGUCUGGAAUUUGGCUCUGGGAGAGGAAGCUGUGGCCAACCUGCAGACAUGGCUGCUAAACAUAGAGGCGCGAGCUCCCAACUCUGCAGUGGUGGUUGUAGGAACUCAUCUGGAUCUCAUCAACUCCAAGUUCCGCACAGAGAGACUUGCCACACUGAGAGCUUACAUCCUGGCACUCUGUCGAUCCCCCUCCGGGGCCCGGGCCACCGGCUACCCCGACAUCACCUGGAAACACUUGCAUGAAGUGUCAUGUAAGACCAUGGAGGGCAUGGAGGGGCUGAAGAAGCUGGUGUACCAGGUGGCCUGCUCCAUGAAGGACAGCAGCAGCAGCUCUGCAUGUGGCAACAAACUGGUGGGCAGACUGAUCCCCAGGAGCUACUUGAUGCUGCAGGAAGCGGUGAUAGCAGAACGGCAGAGGCGAGGUGCUGAGGACGAGGUACAAUACCUGACUGACUCCCAGCUUGACCGGGUCAUCGAACAGAACCCAGGAAGUGACAUCAGAGACUACGAGGACCUGCAGACUGCCAUCAGCUUCCUGAUUGAGACGGGGACCCUGCUCCACUUCCCAGACACAAGCCACGGCCUCUGUACCCUCUACUUCCUGUGUCCUGUCUGGCUGUCAGAGUGCCUGGAGAGGAUCAUCCACCUCAAGUCGUCUCGCUCUGUAGCUCGGAAUGGGGUGAUCCAUGCCGAAGAUCUCAGGAUGCUGCUGGUAGGAACAGGGUUCACUCAGCAAACGGAGGAGCAGUAUUUCCAGUUUCUAGCCAAGUUUGAGAUUGCUCUGCCUGUGGCCAGCAACAGUUAUCUAUUGCCCCACCUCCUACCCCCAAAGCCGGCCAUGGAUAUCCACUGUUUCCGCCAGCAGACCACCAACACCCUGCAGCGCCUUUUCAAGAUGAGUUUUGUUCCUGCUGGAUUUUGGGAGCGCUUCAUUGCCCGAAUGCUCAUCAGCCUCACAGAGAUGGACCUCCAGUCGUUUGAGACGAAAAGAAACACCAGGAGCCAGUGCAGCAGGAGCUCCGUGAUCUACAGCUUUGCCGGAGCCCAGCAGAGGAACCGCUGCAGCACGUUCAGAGUCCGACGCAGCCAGACCAUCUAUUGGAAAGAAGGGCUGCUCGUCACCUUCGACGGAGGUUACCUUAGCGUGGAGUCGUCCGACGUCAACUGGAAGAGGAAGAAGAGCGGCGGCAUAAAGAUCAUCUGCCAGUCAGAAAUGAGAGAUUUCUCCGCCAUGGCUUUCAUCACAGACCACGUCAACUCUCUCAUUGAGCAGUGGUUCCCUGCUUUGACUGCCAGUGAAAGUGAUGGCAGUCUCCUCAUAGAGCAGUACGCCCCCUGUCCCCUCUGUGCCUCGCUGGGCCGACGGAGCCGGGCCGAGUCCCCGUCCCGCCGACCGAGCCACGGAGGAGAGAGAGAAGCAUGUGAAAGAGACGAUGCAGGAGGAGGAGGAGGAGGCGGUGUGCACUACUUCAACAUGGAGGACUGUGUGCUGGCUGCCGUGGAGAAAGAGCACAUACUGUGUCCUCAGCACCCUGAGCAGCCGGUCCCCCUGCAGGAGCUCGUUCCCGAACUCUUCAUGACAGACUUCCCUUCACGGCUCUUCUUGGAGAAGGACCAGUUUCAGUGCUCUGAAGAGGAAAAGAAUAUUCUUGGCCAGGGCGGCAGCGGGACUGUCAUCUACCGAGCCCGCUACAGGGAUGAGCCAGUGGCCGUCAAAUGCUUCCACUUCAAGAAGUGCCGACAGCAGACCAUCAGCAGUGACACGGAUACCAUGGUGAAGCACCUCCAGUCUGUGGAUGCCUGUCGGAGCUUCUCCGAGUUUCGCCAGGAAGCCAGCAUGUUGCACUCUCUGCAGCAUCCAUGCAUCGUCUCUCUGGUGGGCAUCAGCAUCCACCCGCUGUGCUUUGCACUGCAGCUGGCCCCCCUGGGCAGCCUCAACACCGUGCUAGAGGAAAAGCACAAAGGCAAAGACUCCAGGUACAUGCCCCUGAGUCACAUGCUGACCUUCAGAGCAGCCUAUCAGAUCGCAGCAGGGCUGGCAUACCUGCACAGAAAGAACAUCAUUUUCUGUGACCUCAAAUCGGACAACAUCCUGGUGUGGUCUUUGGAGGUGCAGGAUCCGGUCAACAUUAAGCUCUCUGACUAUGGCAUCUCGCGCCAGUCCUUCCAUGAGGGGGCUUUGGGGGUCGAGGGGACGCCAGGCUACCAGGCUCCUGAGAUCCGGCCAGGCAUUGUGUAUGACGAGAAGGUGGACAUGUUCUCCUACGGCAUGGUGCUGUACGAGCUGCUGUCGGGGCGGAGGCCAGCACUGGGCCACCACCAGCUCCAGAUAGCAAAGAAGCUUUCCAAAGGCAUCCGGCCUCCGCUGGGCAGCCCAGAGGAGGUGCAGUUCUACUGCCUCCACAGCCUGUUGACUGCGUGCUGGGACACCAAGCCUGAGAAGAGGCCUCUGGCCAUGCAGUGUGUGCGGCAGAUGCAGGAGCCCAGCUUCCCGUGUCUGAAGUAUGUCUUGUCAUGCGACGUCCAUUCGCAGCUCUUCCUGUCCCAGCUGCAGGGAUACAGUGCCGUCUUCUGGGACGGACAAAAGGAGGACAGGAACUACAGCGUGGUGAAUGUGCAGAAAGGCCAAGUGGAGGUGAAGAGGAUGCCGUGUCCAGGUAGCAGGCUCAGCUGUCAGAUGAAGAUGGACAACACUCUGUGGACUGCCACCGAGGAGCAGGAGGUGUUCAUCUACAGUCUGAAAGAGAUGUGUCCGCUCAGUCAGCCCCAGAAACAUUUCUCCUGCCCAGCCGUCAUCACCUGCCUGUUCCCUGUUCCAGCGAGACAUCAGAGCCUGGCCAAGGUGUUUGCUGGGAUGUCCGAUGGCCUGGUGGCAGUGUACAGUGUGUUGGAAGACCUUCCUCUGGACGGGGAAACCUACCUGUGUUCCCACACCCUCAAUAAGACGGUGUUUGGCCUGGAGGACGCAGACCCCCGGCAGAAACCCUACCCAGUCAGGAGCAUGGCUCUGAUCAACAGUGGCUCCCAGUUAUGGUUUUCCAAUGGUCCCGGUGUGCUGGUCAUCGACUGUCUGAGUCUCCAGGCGGUUCAGAGGCUGGAACCCUACAGCCCCCCGUCCUCCAUUGUAUCCUUGACCUCCAGCAUCAGUCUGUGGGGAGAUGAAGCAGUGUGGACCCUGGACGACCACAGCAAUACUCUGCUGCUGUACCACGCCGCCACUUACCAGCUCUGUGCCAAGUACUGCUGUGGAGACAGCAACCCGCUGCGGGACGUCUUCACUGUGCAGCGACCCUCCGGGAUUGCUGCGACUACGACCCCUGACCCUAAGACCACGGACCGAGGGGAAGAAGAGCCUGAGUGGGCUAACGGGGAAGUGACGUUGAUCUACAGCGAGGAGGCAGGCACUCAGAUCAUCCAACACCAGGACUCACUGACGGACUACUGCUCCAUGUCGUCAGACUCCAACCCCCCCACUGAGCAGCUGCUAAUGGGCCGCUCCAGCUCCGGAGCCCUCAGCUCACUGACCAGCUCCAGCAGUAUGCCGCUGUCUACAGACUGUGAGGAGACUGACAGGAUCAAGGACCAGCAGGAAUCCAUCAGCCCUGAGUCUGAUCCAGAGUCUGCAGAGACCUGCAGCCCCACACCUCCACACCUACAGGCCUUCACUGUGCUGUCAGUGAACGGAACACUGUGGAUCCCUAGGCGUGGAGGUGAUGUGAUGGUCAUCGAAAUGCAGCUGCAGGCCAAUCAGCUGAAGGGGCGUGUCAUCGCUGUUCUCAGCCCUCCUGGAUGUCCGUCUUUGGGAGUCCUGGAGGAGGCAGCACUCGUGGCAAAGGACACUGUUGUGUGUGGCUUUCGCAAGGAAAACACGGAGUGGUGCCUGUGUGUCUGGAGGGGCUGGGGCAGCCGCGAGCUGGAAGUCUUCUACCAGUCCUACGAGGAGCUGGGCCGCAUGGAGACCAGCAUGAGGAAAAGAAGGUAGCUGUUGUGCGGCAGCGGCGAGGCGGCAGAAUCGCAGCUCUGUAUGGAGACUCAGCUGAGGGGGAAUGUGCACCCACAGACCCCCAGUGUUCAGAGCAGGGGGCCACGGAGCACUGACAUCAGGGUAACACCGAGGAGGGGGGAGAGGGCCGCGGAAGGGGUUGAGGUUCACAGUUGUCAUCGGAGUUGAAUGUAUAAAAACUCAUUACCACCACAGCAUACAUUAAAAAAAAAAAAAAAAAACCAUAAAGCAAUGUGACGGAUCAAGUUCACCAGAGCAGCAGAUGCUUUGCUAAGACGCGUGUG